AUGGAUCGUGUCAGCAAUUUACCAGACGAGCUUCUUCAUCAGAUCUUGUCCUUCCUUCCCACAAAGGAUGCUGCUGUGACUUCGGUUCUCUCAGAGAGAUGGCUCAAUCUGUGGAAACUUAAUCCUAACCUUGACAUUGAUGACACUGACUUUCUCCGUCCUGAAGAUGGUAAAGGAGAAAGGGCAGAGAUUAGACAGAGCUUCGUCGAUUUCGUGGACAGUGUACUUGCUAGGCAGGGUGAUUCUCCUAUCAAGAAAUUCUCCCUAAGUGUAUCACUGAGGUGCUUGCUCUAUGCUGUGAAUCGAUGCCUGUGUUCAACAACGUCAGAAUUCUUAGGUGUCUCUGGUCAAGAAGGUCGAGGAUGGCAAGCAAUGCCAGCUCUUCUAAGGAACUGUCCGCGUUUAGAAACUAUCAUCGUUCAGGGACUAAUACACGAUGUAACUGAUAAAUGUGGGGAUGCUUGUCCCUGCAUUUCUCGGGAAGACAGAGGACUUUCACUCAAGUCUUGUCCAGUGAAUAGGUUUGACGUCUUCGUUGAAGAUGAUGAACCUACACAGCUCAGAAACACUGAAUUGUUUAACUGUGUCGUGGAGAUGUUCAAAUCUACAACAAGUUGUCGCCGAGCUGCAAUCUCCAGCUCCUGGUUUAGUGAUUUCUUGGAGAAGAAGUGGAAAGCACAAGGACAUAUCUGA